AGCGGUGGGAGUAUUUUUCCGAUCAGAGGCGUGGCGACGGCGACCGAGGCUCCUCUUCUCCCAUUCUCUUCGGCUCCAUCGGUGAAAAUGUCCAUCUCCAACGGCCUCCACCCCCACCGAGAUGACGCCACCGACGACGAAGACGACGGCGACUACGGAUCUGCCGCCCACGACGCCUACUACCACCCGAUCUCGGCCUUCGAUGACGGGUUCGAUCCCAACUCUAACUCCGACGUCGCCUCCGGAGGGAUCGUUGAAGCCGCCUCCCCGAUCCGACCCAACGGCGGCGCCUUGUUCCACCUUCGGAACCCUGACCCUAGUUUCCUCUUUCUCGACGCCGAGAGUGGUAUAUCGGCUCUGGAUCUGAACGGAGGUGGCGAUGGCGUUGUCGCUUCUAGCGGAGGCUUGGUGGAAGAGGUGGAGGAUGAAGAAGCCGAGGAGGAGAGCGUGAGGCAGCGGGAAGUGUCGAUCUCGACGGCGUUCAGGGAGGACGAGAGGCGAAGGUCCGCACCGUUGACGCCGGAGAACGCCGCGAGGGUCCUCGAUGCGAUGAGGGGAGUCGCGUUCCAAGGUGUCCCUCCGGAUUGGGCGGAACGAGUGCCCGAAGACCAGUGGGUGGCUCGGCUUAGGCGUAUGAGAGCCUUUUCUUCUAUGAUGGAAACGCAAAAAAAAGGGGGGGAAAGAUGGAAUUCGAUUUAUUGCUCAUCAUCAUCUAUGGGCAUGGGUCUAAAGGGAGUAGUGGACUAUAGACAUGGACCUCGAGGAAGUCAUGAUCGAUGAAGAUUCACGUUGGGUGAUACAAUGGAAAUAAUUAUAUAAAUGGUGUUCCUAAGCCAUAUGGAAAGUGAGAAAUCCUUUUGGGCUAACGCAUAUUGGAGUCUGUACCAGUCGUUGAAUCGGUCGAAGGUAUUCUAUAGUCCUAUGAUUUAUGGAAGUUUCUCUGUAAUAUAUCUGUAAUCCGACGAUAAACUUAGUGACAAGAUAUCAUGAUCUACACCGAUCUAAAAGGUGAACCUUCUGAGUUUGGUGGUUCCACUGCUUCGGUAUCAUGGUAGCAACUGACACACCAUCAAAAGGUAAGAAUUGUGUUUUUUGUUUUCUGCUACAGAACAAAUAUUCUCAUUUUAAAGAUUAUUCUUCACAGCCUACAUUGUAUAUUACAGCUACAUGAUUUCCUGUUAUGUCAGCAUGCACAAGCUCAAAGUUUUAUUAUGUUGUUGUGUUCUAGUGGCACGGCAAAACAAGAAGAUGCUGGAGAUCCUGUAAGGCUCUGAAAACAAUUGGUUUGCCAUUUCCAAAUGCUUAAUCUGCAUGUUGGACAUGAUGAUGGAUCGUUUAGGAUUAACCGUCAGCUUAAAUACCUGCAUUCACUCUAUUUACACCAUCUCUUGUCUAAGUAAUGCAGCCUUGUGCAUGUUGUGAAACGGAGUUCAUUCCUUUCAUCCUGUUGGAGCUUUUGGUAUUUGAAGCUCUCCUUACAGUCACAGAAGUAAAUAGAUGCUUUUAAUUUGAUAUUUUGAACUUUGUUUUGAUUCAUUGAUGCCAAAGUAGAAGAAUUCUUGGUUCUUGACUUUCCCAGCUUUACUCAUUACGGCAUUUUCAUAGUGUUUAUGCUAAUGGAUCCUUAAUCUUCGUGAUAUGCAAUGUUGAUAUACUUAAUAAUCAUAUGUGAGGAGUCCUCGUCAGAAUAACUUGUUUUAUCCUCUGUAGAAUCUUACGCUGGGAUUAUUCUGUGGAGAGCAGCUUUUAGGUGUUGUCUAUGAUGCUAAUCUGAGUCGGGAGUAAGAACUUUGUGCCUCUGGUAGAGAGAGAGAGAGAGAGAGAGAGAGAGAGAGAGAGAUGGGUGUGUCGGUCGGAUCUCUCAAGAUUCGUGCUGCAAGAUUCGUGCUGGAGUCCAAACUACGUGGCGUCGUGUAGAAAACGAACGCUUCAAGAUUCGUGCGGGAGUCGAACCUAAAAAAGCUUGGUUUCAAUAAUAAGAUCAGGGAAAGGAUGAAGGAUGGGGGAGGUGCAGACCACAAACGUAAGGCAGCUUUAAGCUGUUCCCAUGGGAACCGCCACUUCUUCCGACAUACUAAACUUUCCCGACGUCCCACUGCCAAUUUGGACCACCAGCAUCUUUCCG